CACCUGCUGCGAAGUACUUGCAGUCGGCACCUGUGCCCACAGCCAAUCAGCGCCAACGCCGCAGGGAGCCGCUGUCAGCAAAACCUCCACAUCCACAGCUCAACAGAAAUCAAACACUUCCCCGGGCAGGGAGGGCAUGUCCAUGUCAGCCGCGAGUUAGAGGCCAGCAGGCAGCGGCGCCUGGGUACCUGGAGCAAGAUCGCUGGAGCCCGACCUCGGACAAGGAAGAUGUCGAAUGAACUUGAUUUCAGGUCUGUGAGACUGCUAAAGAAUGACCCUGUGAGCUUCCAGAAGUUUCCCUACACUAAUGAGGACGAGGCCUGGAAGACGUACCUGGAGAACCCUUUGACAGCCGCCACCAAAGCCAUGAUGAGAGUUAAUGGGGAUGAUGACAGUGUUGCAGCCCUGAGCUUUCUCUAUGACUACUAUAUGGGUCCCAAGGACAAGCGGAUACUGUCCUCCAGCACCGGCGGCCGAAAUGACCAAGGAAAGAAGUUCUACCACAGCAUGGACUACGAGCCAGAUCUUGCCCCUCUCGAGAGCCCCACGCACCUCAUGAAAUUUUUGACAGAGAAUGUGUCUGGAAGCCCAGACUACACGGACCACCUCAAGAAGAACAACUUACUAGGCUUGGAGGGGGCGGUACCGACCCCCGGCAAGACCACUCCCCUCCCCCCAGGUCCAAGCAAGCUGGAAGCCGGCUCCAUGGACAGCUACCUCUUGCCCACUAGUGACAUAUAUGACAAUGGGUCCCUCAACUCAUUAUUUGAGAGCAUUCACGGGGUGCCACCCACACAGCGCUGGCAGCCAGACAGCACCUUCAAAGAUGACCCACAGGAGUCGCUGCUCUUCCCCGAUAUCCUGAAAACAUCCCCGGAACCCCCAUGUCCAGAGGAUUAUCCUAGCCUCAAGAGCGACUUUGAAUACACCCUGGGGUCCCCCAAAGCCAUUCACAUCAAAGCGGGCGAGUCACCCAUGGCCUACCUCAACAAGGGUCAGUUCUAUCCGGUCACUCUGCGCACCCCAGCGGGAGGUAAAGGCCUCGCUCUGUCCUCCAGCAAAGUCAAGAGCGUGGUGAUGGUUGUGUUCGAUAACGACAAGGUCCCGGUAGAGCAGCUACGCUUCUGGAGGCACUGGCAUUCCCGGCAGCCCACCGCCAAGCAGCGAGUCAUCGACGUGGCCGACUGUAAAGAAAAUUUUAACACAGUCCAGCACAUCGAGGAGGUGGCCUACAAUGCGCUGUCCUUUGUGUGGAAUGUCAAUGAGGAGGCCAAGGUGUUCAUCGGUGUCAACUGUCUGAGCACAGACUUCUCCUCACAGAAGGGGGUGAAGGGUGUCCCCCUGAACUUGCAAAUUGAUACCUAUGACUGUGGGGCAGGCACCGAGCGCCUGGUACACCGUGCCGUCUGCCAGAUCAAGAUCUUCUGUGAUAAGGGAGCAGAGAGGAAGAUGCGAGAUGAUGAGCGGAAGCAGUUUCGAAGGAAGGUCAAAUGCCCGGACUCCAGCAACAAUGGCAUCAAAGGCUGCCUGCUGUCGGGGUUCAGGGGCAAUGAGACCACAUACCUGCGGCCAGAAGCUGACCUGGAGACCCAGCCUGUACUGUUUAUUCCCAACCUGCACUUCUCCAGCCUACAGCGCCCAGGAGGGGUUGCCCCCUCAGCGGGACACAGCAGCGCUGACAGGCUGCCCCUGAAGCGUACCUGCUCACCUUUCGCCGAGGAGUUUGAGGUCCUUCCCUCCAAACAGGCCAAGGAAGACGACCUUCAGAGAGUUCUGCUGUAUGUGCGGAGGGAGACAGAGGAGGUGUUUGACGCACUCAUGUUGAAGACCCCGGACCUGAAGGGCCUGAGGAAUGCGAUCUCUGAGAAGUACGGACUCCCCGAGGAGAAUAUUUGCAAAGUCUACAAGAAAUGCAAGCGAGGAAUCCUGGUCAACAUGGACAACAACAUCAUCCAGCAUUACAGCAACCACGUGGCCUUCCUGCUGGACAUGGGAGAGCUGGACGGCAAGAUCCAGAUCAUCCUGAAGGAGCUGUGAGGGCCCAGCCUCAAGCAUCCCAUCCCCACCCAGGGCCUGGCUCAGGCCACACACAACCUGUCCUCACGGGUCAGCGCCGGUACUUGAAAUGCCUUUCUCGGGUAGAGGUCUCUCAAGCCACAAACUCAGUGAUGUCAGGGCCAGGGAGGGACGAUGGAGGUCCCAGGAUCUAAAUGUCCCCUCCAGACUUGAACUCACUCCAGAGAUUCCUGCAAGUGCCCAUCCCCCAGAGACCAGACGUCCGGGUCAACACAACAGCCUGCCUUCUCUUCUGAGUUCCCUCGCAGAGGCCCUGGGGGGUCACCGCAGCCUCUCUGCAGGGUUACGCCGGCCACUCUGAUGGGUUCUGACCCUCUCUAUCCUUCUGCCCCUUCAGACCAAAGAAUUCUCACUCUUUGGCUAAUUAACUUGAAAACUCUUGACUUUCAGAACAAAUACCUUUUUAAGGACACUGGAGAGGAAACUGUAUUUCUCACUGACUUCCUCAGAACAAGAUGGAAGUCAGUCAGCAUCAUGGAACUGACAGGAACAAACCCCCUUGCCACCUACUGUUGUACACAUUUCUUAUUUACAGUUUUCAUUAUGUUAUAUAUAUAUAUAUAAAUAUAUUGUAUAUAUAUGCAGCAUUUUGUAUGUUUAUGUUACAUUUUUAUCAUUUCAAAAAUAUGGAUUUCAUAUUUCUUGGACUAUUUUUUUAGCUGUUAUUCUAUUA